ACACGGUUUAUUAAGGUGCUGAACUGAGCACCAGCUUGUGACAUGACGUCGUUGGCCUCGAUAUCCGAGACCUUUUUUGCCGCCAACGGGGUCAUUUUACUGCUGAAUCACACAAAGGCCGCCACUACCUACUGCUGCUAUGCCGCACGCUAAAGACACCGGCCUAUCUCGGCCUUUCACGUCCAAAAGAACGAUUGAAUGCGCCGGAGAGCUGGCUUUCCGGGAUUCAGCCGAAUAUUCCACGCAUUUUCAGCCAAUUACCCGCACGUAUCACCGAGCUAGGUACCGAGCCGGACCCCAUUGACAAAUACCCCAAGUACAAAAUUCACGUUGGUUUAAAAAAAAACUACCUCUCCUCAACAACAACUCCAACCUUCUCACCUGGCUGGAAGUUUCUGUCCCCAUGUAAACUAUCCAUCCGCACAACAGCCAUGGCUAGUAUUGCAUCGUCAGCGCUCAGGUCGGCGAGCCGCCUUGGCUCCAGCACGGCCGUCGCUACGGCGCCGUUGCGAGGAAUUCACAGAGCUGCCCUGGUGGCGGCUACGAGGAGGAGCGGGAGGCGAGGCUAUGUGACCGAGUCCAAGAGAGACAAUGCGCGGGUCGAAACAGCCAUCAAGCUGGACAAGAAGGACUUUGCAGACAUUCCUCAGUCGGUGAAUAUGACCUCGCCUAACAUGAAGGUCAGCCCGAUGGCCGAGGUUCUCAAGACCGCAGCCGUCAUGGAGGAGGGCCAGCGACCCAUCUACCUCGACAUGCAGGCCACCACGCCUGUUGACCCCCGUGUCCUUGAUGCCAUGCUGCCGUUUUACGUCGGCGAGUUCGGCAACCCCCACUCAAGAACGCACGCUUACGGCUGGGAGAGUGAAAAGGCCGUGGAGGAGGCCCGAGAGCAUGUGGCAAAUCUGAUUGGCGCAGACCCCAAGGAGAUUAUCUUCACCAGCGGCGCUACGGAGAGUAACAACAUGAGCAUCAAGGGUGUUGCGCGAUUCUUCGGCCGAUCUGGCAAGAAGAAGCACAUCAUCACCACUCAGACCGAGCACAAGUGUGUGCUGGACAGCUGCAGACAUCUGCAGGAUGAAGGGUUCGAGGUUACCUAUCUGCCUGUCCAGAGCAACGGCCUGAUCAAGAUGGAGGAUCUUGAGGCUGCCAUCCGGCCUGAGACGGCCUUGGUCAGUAUCAUGACUGUGAACAACGAGAUCGGAGUCAUCCAGCCGAUCGAGCAGAUUGGCAAGCUCUGCCGUGAGAAGAAGAUCUUCUUCCACACCGACGCUGCACAGGCUGUCGGCAAGAUCCCCAUUGAUGUCAAUGCCAUGAACAUUGACCUCAUGUCCAUUUCAUCACAUAAGAUUUACGGCCCCAAGGGCAUUGGCGCAUGCUAUGUCCGCAGACGCCCGAGGGUCCGGCUCGACCCCCUCAUCACUGGUGGUGGACAAGAGCGAGGCCUACGAAGCGGUACCUUGGCACCACCCUUGGUUGUUGGCUUCGGUGAGGCAUGCCGCGUUGCCAAGGAAGAGAUGGAGUACGACUCCAAGAGGAUUAAGUUCCUAUCAGAUCGACUCUUGGGUGGGCUGCUUGCCAUGGAGCACACCAACCAGAAUGGCGAUUCGAAAUCCUUCUACCCCGGCUGCGUCAACGUUUCAUUUGCAUAUGUCGAGGGUGAAUCCCUAUUGAUGGCCUUGAAGGACAUUGCGCUGUCUUCGGGUAGCGCAUGUACUUCGGCCUCGCUUGAGCCUAGCUACGUGCUUCGUGCGCUUGGAAACAGCGACGAGAAUGCGCACAGCAGCAUCCGGUUCGGCAUUGGCCGUUUUACCACGGAGGAAGAGAUUGACUACGUGCUGAAGGCGGUUAGGGAGCGUGUCACGUUCCUGCGUGAGCUCAGCCCACUGUGGGAGCUUGUGCAAGAGGGCAUCGACCUGAACACGAUCCAGUGGAGCCAGCACUAAAGUGUCCCAAGAUUGAGCAUGACACAAGCUGGUGUUUUGGGUUUGGGAAGUUAUCAACUGGUUCUGGGUAUAAGCAGAACCCAAGGGGUUUGGCCAAAAGGCGCCGGGUUUGCGCCAGCCAAGCCGCUGUAAUAGCAUAUUGUAGUAUAAGAUACCUGAUUUACGAGUACGAAAUAAUGACAAUUCCCCAAAUGAACAGACUGAAUUGCUU